AUGGAUGCCGCACCUGUCGGUCAGUCCCGCCAUAUCAAAUGUGAUGAAACCCCAAAUGCAUGCCGCAACUGCACCUCCACUGGGCGCAAAUGUGACGGGUACACCCAAUAUCGAUUACCCUUUCGUAAGGCGACACUACCAGUCUCCAAACCAUCCAGGAGCCUCAUCGUCUGUCUGCCCGGACUAGAUUCCGAUGAGCGUCGAUGUCUGCAGUUCUUCGAGCACAACACCAUCCCCAUGCUAGUGGGGUAUGCCGACUCGGAAGUAUGGCAGCGUCUCGUGCUACAAAUGUGUCACAGAGAACCCGCCGUCUGCCACGCAGUAGUCGCGCUCAGCGCCUUUCACGAAAACUACGAGCGGAGCAGCAUGAACAUGGAACCAAAACCCGAUCACCGCCACCACCACUACGCCCUGGAACAAUACAACCGUUCCAUGGCGAUGCUGCGCCGGCGCAUCCAGUCCAAUGACCCCCAAGUCCGCAGCAUCACGCUCAUGUGCUGCGUUGUGUUCGUAAUCCUUGAACUCCUCGAGGGGGACUACACCAAUGCCUUCGCCCAUCUACACCAAGGCCUCAACAUCCUGAAAACCCAAUCAACUCACCACGCACUAACCACCGAGCGUAUCCUCGCCAAAGCCUUCCUUCAGCUCAACACCCCCCGAGCCUACUGGAACGGCCCCGACGUCGUCGUAACCGGCCACCCUCCCAAGGGUAGCGUAUCCGAAGUAGCCUACUCAAAAACACCAAUCCACAGCAUCGCCGAAGCAAAAGAGCGUCUACGAGUCCUCAUGAACAACAUCUUCCACCUCCAAUCCCUCUGCAACCUCUUCUUCCGCGGCGAACCAGAAGACCCAACCUCCACCACCCCUCUAACCCUCUCCGCCAAACAAACCACCCUCCACCACGACCUAACAGACUUCGCCCUGGACCUCAAAUCAUUCAUCUCCUCCCAUAAAUCCAACACUGCCUGGACGUUACGAGAAACCCGCAGCGUGGACGUCAUCCUCACACACGUAGCAACCCUAACCAGCAUGCUGGGCUGUUCCCUCGACACAACGGAACUAGGCUACGACGACUUCCUACCCGAAUUCAAGCGCAUCAACGAACUCUGCGAGCGAAUCACCACCAGCUUCGUGACCGAGUACGGGAGUUACGAGAACCUCCCCACCAUGGUCACUGACGUCGGGGUCUUGCCGUCGCUGUUCUGGUGCUGUGUGAGGUGUCGGGAUGCAGAGACGAGAGAGCGAGCGCUUCAGUUGCUGAAGAUGUGGCCGCAUCGAGAGGGGUUUUAUGACUCGUAUUUGAUUCUGGGGAUUUGUCGGGGGCUGAUGGAUAUUGAGGAGGAGGGGAGGGAUGGCGAGGGGUUUAUUCCGAGGGAGGCUCGUGUGCAUACGCACACGGUUGAGGUUGCGGAGGAUCGGAGGAGUAUGGUUAUUAGGUAUGUGUUGGCUGGUGCUGGUGGUGGCGAGCAGGAGAGGGUGGUGGUGCUGGAAUAUAAUAGUAUUACUCUAUUAGUGAACGGAAAAGAGAAUGAAGGAGGACAGGCAGCUCUCCUGGGAAAGGUUUCGGGAAUGAUGUCUAUUUGUACCUCCUAUUAA